AUGGCUCAGCAGCGGCUCGUGAGUCAGCAAAUGGCAAGUACUCACUUUGUACAAUUAGUUAUGGAUAGUGAAUGGGAUUCAUCAGAACAUGAAGUUUAUUUAAUACCUGCAGUAAUGAGCGGGUCAGAUAUCAGUGAUGAUGAAAUAGAAUAUGUGGCCUACCCAGCAGAAAGGACAUUAAGGGACAAAUCUGGAAAACAUCGAGCAGUUUUUGAUGAAGUAUACCCACCAUCGGCAAAAGAUUUUAGGGAGACACUGAAGAAAGAACAGUGUCAGCGUUUUGAAGAUCAAAAGAAUAAAGAAAACAUACCUUUGAGUGCUCAACGAGCAACAGGACCAAAUGUACAAGUUAUCCCACAGGACAACAUAAAAGUUGAGAGCGGAUGGGAAAUUAAAGAGUCUAGUCAGAUAGAAGAAUUAGUAGAAGACAGUGCCCCAGAAGACAAUAAACAGGCGACCCACAAUAAAGACAUUAUAAGAAUAGAUGGACCGGCCAGAGUGCGCCCUGGUCCUGGUGCCCCAAUACAGAGAGAAUUUAACCCUACAGAAGUCAAAAAGUUAGAAACUGAAGUGAGAAACAACUUACCAAUCAAGGAAAACGUCGAGCGGCGCUAUGUGCCAGCCGCAUCAAAACAUACAGAAGUUGAAAAGAGAGGAUGCAAGGAGGCACGUUCAAUGCCUGUAAAAGCGCAGCGACCACACUAUGAUGACAGAGAUGAUGAUCAAAUCAUGGAAGACGCCCCAGCGGUAAGGGAAAGAGAAAAGAAAGGAGAUAGGGAAAAGGGGAUGCUACAGGGCAUUAUAAGAAAUAUGGAUGCAAAGCCCAAUGUAUCAGUUCCCACGCUUAACCGGGAAGAACCGAAACACAUACCUAGGAUAUCCAAACUAUCGGCAAAAAUAGAUCCAAAAUUAUUAUUAGAACAGAUUCUAAAUAGCCAAAUUCAGCUAUCAGCACGUUGA